AAACAUACCUUAAAUUUAAAUACAAUUAAAUUCAUUGAAAGCACUGAAAUCUGUGGUAAACAUCACCGAAUGGAUCCGGCAUUGCUUCGCGAAAGAGAAGCCUUCAAGAGGAAGGCGUUUGCUAAUCCGGUCGUCGAAAACAAGGCCCGAAAAGAGUCGGCGAAAGAGUCGUCAUCGGGUCCAUCGGCAUCAAAGAGACCAAAGAUUAAGAAGGAGUCGUCGAAUGUGACCAAUCGGGACAUCUAUUCGUUGGCCCGAACUUCGAGCACUUCGUCGCAUAAUUUUGCCGUUUUGGCCAAAAUAGUAAAUUGGAUGAAACAACGUUAUCUCGAUGGAGAUGCAGAAGCGCUUAGCUUUGAUGACCUCUUGGAUGAGACCAACCAAUUGGAUCUAACGCCCAAACAAAAGAACUGGUUGUUGACAGAAGCGCUUCCAAACAAUCCAAAGAUUAUUAUUACAGAAGAAAAAAACUACGCCUUUAAACCAUUGUAUCCGUUGAAAGACAAGAAAUCUUUGAUAAGACUUUUGGAUAAAUACGAUCAAAGAGGUCUCGGAGGUGUAUCUCUUGAGGAUGUCCAAGAAUCAUUACCAGCUGCCGAUCGGGCUGUCAAACAAUUGGCUGAUAUCAAUAAGAUCAUAAUAGUUAACCGUCCGAUGGACAAGAAGAAGAUACUCUUCUAUAACGACACAUCGAUGGAUCUGAAAGUAGACGAAGAUUUUCAGAAACUGUGGCGAAGUGUGGCCGUCGAGGGUAUCGACGAAAUGAAGAUCGAAGAGUACCUACAGAAUCAGGGCAUCACUUCCAUGCAAGAUAUGGGACUCAAGAAGAGCGGUCACGUUCAGAAACGCAAGAAGACGGCCAACAAACGAAAGGGUAACUUCAAGAAACUUAAUGAUCACAUGCAAGACAUUCUCGAAGACUAUACCGAUAAAAAACCAUAA